GUCACACUGAGUCUUAUCGUUGUUGUUGUGCUUUUCGAUCGCGGAUGUGUGGUUUUCGAUCUCGCGAUCUUUAAUUUCUUUUGCAAUAUAUAUAUACUGCACAGUGACAACAGAGAAAGAGAACAACAACUGCAUAUUUAUGCGAUUUAACAGGCGUGUUUUUAUGUGUGCGUGGGUGUGCGAAUAAAUAAUUAUACGAAAUGAACGACCAAGAGAAACAACAACAACAGCAGCAGCACCACUACUACCACAGUGACUGGAAGACGGUUAAUAGUCAUGGAAAUUCUUUAUCAGACAGUCGGGAUUAUGAUACCAACUCGUCGCGUAAUUCGCUCUCUGGCUCUCCACCCGCCACAUCGAAUGCCUCAUCCAUUGGUUCGCUAGAUUUCGACAGGCCGCUGUCCCAGUUGCUCACCCCAAAGCUGGAGGCAGAUGGUCUAGGCAUUAUCCACGGCGAUAGCUACAGCAUCUACGGCAGCCAGGCAACAGAAUCCACCAGUGGCGAGCAACAGGUGCUUAAUCUGGGCCUUUCGCUUGAUUCUGAGGACGUCCAGGCGUCCUAUAGUGCCCUGUUCACCCAGGAACAACUUAAUACAUCACAAGCUCACACACAUCCACAAAUAGUUCCUCCAGAAGGAAACAAUGUUUUCCAGCUAACGGAUCAACUAACACCCAUGCCCAUUACGGUCAUACCUAUCACAUAUCACCAUACCACCGAAAGCCUUAGCUCCAGCCACGCUGAAGUUCCACUGAUAGCCAGUCUUAGCGAGAACACCGCUCAGGUGUUCAAUCUGGAUGACAUCUGCUUUACGCUGGAGUACCAGUUCGAGAACCAGAAACUCGUCCAGGUCCAGCCGCCUACUGUUGUGUCCCUUAGCAUGGUAUCCAACUCCAACGAGAGUUCCACUCCUACAAUCAACUGUGAUAAUGACCAGGGAGUUGCGAACAUCAACUCAAUGGGCUCCGAAUCUAAUUCUCCGGCUUAUUUCACUAUCGAGACGAGCUAUUUAGAUGAGUAUGAUCCCAAUGAACCGGACGAGGACGAGCAGCUGGCUCACUGUAUUCAACCGGGCGUUCUACACCAAGAUGUUGAUGACGAUGAGGGAAGGCAGGAUGAGAAUGACCAACUCAUGGCAUUGGCGUACGAGAGCUCGGAUGAGGCUCUCAGUCGCUAUAGAUGCAACUAUGAGAACUGUUAUCGCAGCUAUAGUACGAUUGGAAACCUGCGAACGCAUUUAAAGACGCACACGGGUGACUACAGCUUUAAAUGUCCGGAAGAUGGAUGCCACAAGGCCUUCCUCACAUCCUACAGCCUGAAGAUCCACGUCCGUGUCCACACAAAGGUAAAGCCCUAUGAAUGCGAGGUGACCGGCUGUGAUAAGGCGUUCAACACGCGCUACAGAUUGCACGCCCACUUGCGCCUGCACAAUGGUGAAACGUUCAACUGUGAGCUGUGCCAGAAGUGCUUCACGACUCUGAGCGACCUGAAGAAGCAUAUGAGAACACACACACAGGAGCGGCCCUACAAGUGUCCAGAGGACGACUGCGGCAAGGCUUUUACUGCUUCGCACCACUUAAAGACCCACCGGCGGACGCACACAGGCGAGAAACCGUAUCCAUGCCAGGAAGAUAGCUGCCAAAAGUCGUUCAGCACCUCGCACAGUUUAAAAUCCCACAAGAAGACGCACCAGCGGCAGGUUCUUAACAAGGGCCGCAAGAAGCGGCCACUAAAGUCGCAACAAAACAAGUUUAAGGAUCAGGAGCAAAAGGAUCCCCAGUUAGAACAACAGGAGGAAGAGGAUUUCCUUAAAGGGGAGCAAGCGGAUAUGAUGGUGUUAAAUCCAGGCAGUCAUUGUUCAGAAACCACCAGCACUGACAGCGGAGUGGUGCUGCAUACGCUAACGCAACAGGAUCAGUUAUCCAAUGUGUUUGUCCUCCAAAACGACGCACCUCUGAUCCUGCCGGAAACUUCGCAGGCUUAUCAGCUUUCUUACGCCGCCGAAGAGGAAAUACCUAGUCCGUGGAUUGACGCUGGUGUUCUUGUCUCCAAACCCAUCAUUCCCAUGGCUCCGCUCACCGAUGCCUGCGUCGCUCUGCCCACUGAGAUGCCCAGUUUCGUGGACCUUAAGCCCACUUUCGGUAAUGCUGUAAGCGGCAACAUGGGAGAUCCGCAUGCGGAGACAAUGGAUGUGGACUCUACAGUGGAGCCUUCGCUGCCCACACCCACCUUAGAGUUAAAUCAGCAAAAUAUCGAAGAACUGCUGAAGCAGGACAGUUUCGACAAUGAGGAGGACAUGGAAACGGAGUCGCUGCUAAAUGACAUCCUCAUGACCAUCGACAACAACAGCGCCCUUUUGCAGGCUACACUCCAUCAGGCGUCCCAGGUGCCCAGUGAUGCCUCUGGCUUGGUAGAACUGGACAUCCGGGACAACAAGCCCACCCUUAAGCAAAUCACAGCAGAUGCGGGCAUCUGCAAUUGCACCAACUGUAAGUGCGAUCAGUCCAAGAGCUGUCAUGGAGGCGACUGUGGUGCUGCAGCUGCUCAAAAGGCCACCAGGACGACUACAACUACAACCAUGAAUUCCAGCGGUGGCAAACGCAUCUGCGGCAGCGUAGCACCCGUCAAAAAAGUGAGUAAACGCGAGGCGGAAAUGAACCAGAACAUCGAGGAUGUUGCUUUGCUGCUGCAAAACCUUGCUUCCAUGGGUAGCGGUGGCUCCUCCGGCGGCGGUGGCGGUUGCUGCGGAGGUGGUGCCGCCAAGCCAGUAUCUUCUGCUGGUGGCUGCUGUGGAGAACGAAAGGCUCCAGAGCCCGUAAAAACUGGCUGCGGUUGUGCCCAGCCAAGUGCUCCUUCCUCUGUCGGUUGUUGCGGCAGUGGAGGUACUACAGUUGCGCCCUCGGGGGGCUGCUGCUCUGGUAAAGAGAAACCACCACCACCACCACCUCCUUCUACUUCGGCUUCAGGCUGUUGCUCUGGGCAGGGAAAAGUACAGGAGCAGCCCAUUAUCAGUAGCGCUCCUACAGUUCCCGCUGCCGCCGUCAAGGGUAACGCCUGCACGUGCAAGAGUCCGGCGGAGGGCGUGGCCAACGGCUGCUGCGUGGUGAUCUGCAUUAAAACGCUGCAAGCGCUCCGCAAAGUUCUGACGCGCCGGAAUCUGAACCUAAUGCUUUGUCCACAGCAGAACUAAACUAAGAACUACUUAUGUACACUAAUCCCGAAACCCUAAGAAACCUACAAAACCAAAUCAAAAGCCUAGAGAAUCCCAUCCAUCAUGUAAUCAAUCAAGUAUUGCCUGUUAAAAGUAUUUCCCAUAAGAACCGGAAAGAAACCAAAAAAUUAAACAAAUUGUCAAAGUGCAUUUAAACGAAAUGAUUCUACCAUAUGUGAUCCCAGCGGAGGCUGGCCGCGCUACAAUAUACAUUACAAAAGUUACCCUAAACCUAAUAUUAUCGAUAUAAACAAAAACUUAUCUAGAAACCCAAAGCAGCUUCCGGUCAACACAUAGAGAGCUUUUUGCAAACUGUCGGCGAUAGACGAAACAUUGCCAUAAAUCCAUUGUACGAAGAUAUGCCGGUCUUAUCGGACAGAAAAACAUGGCCGCUAUUGUUGUAUAUGGCCAAUUAAUACAUAUGUACGAAUAGACAGUUGAUAAAAUGCCGUCAGCUCCCUUUAAUCUAAAGCUCUUUCAUGUUUUGUACAUCUUUUUUUAAUAUUUAACACGUUAAAUAUCUUUGAGUUUAUCUAAAACUAACAAUUAUAAUUUAUUACUACCCCAGAUCCUAAGCGGUCUAUGCCUUUAGGGACGUAAUUAUUAUGGGUGGUUAAUUUGUUAAGUUGUAUCAAAAAUAACAGAAUACUUUUGUGUUUUUUUAACGAGUUUAUGACGCUUUAUAUCAUGCCAAAUGUGAACGAACAGAUAAAUAUUUUUCACUGUUUUCUUAUAUACCCAAAGUUAAAUCAUCUGUAUAAAGUCGAAUAAAACAUAAAACUAAAA